CAACCGCCCUUGCUCGACCUCGUCUCUGGUGGCCCCAUUGCCUAGCUCAAUGUUUCGUUUGCUCCUCCGGCCAGUCGCCAAAGCCCGCGCACGCUAUCACAGCACCGUCGCAGGCGCUGGCGCCGCUGCUAGCGUCGCUGCGGCAGAAACGGUGGCAGUCGGCGAGGGCACGUUGACUUUCGCACGAACGCAACCAUUCAAGUUCAACAUCAUCGUCGCCACCGUGAAAACUGCGCUGUGCGACCUCCUCGUGCAGCGCUACAUCGAGAAGCGCGACACGAUCGACUGGAAGCGGAACGGGGUCUUCGUCAUGUUUGGCGGCGCCUACCUCGGCGUCUUCCAGUACGGCCUCUAUGUCGGCCUCUUCCAGCGGCUCUGGCCGGGCAUGGCCACCUUUGCAGCGCAGCCGCUCUCGCAGAAGCUCCGGAACGCCGCGGGGCUGCGCGACCUCUGCAAGCAGAUCGCCUUCGACAACUUUGUGCACUACCCCUUCAUCUACUUCCCAACCUUCUACUGCAUCAAGGAGGGCCUGCAGGGCGACAGCGGGCCGGUGGUCGCGGGCGGGCUCGCAAAGUACCGCGCAAACGGCGUCGAGGACAACCUCAAGAUGUGGGCGCUCUGGAUCCCGGGCGAUGCGAUCGUCUACGCGGUGCCUCUGUGGAUGAGGCAGACUGCCGCCACCGCACGACCCGCCCACGCUCCCGCAGCCCGACUCGCCUCCACCCCCUCUGUGGCCCUCUCCCGGCAGGCUCCCGCUCAACCACGGGCUCAGCUUCGUGUGGACCUGCUACCUCAGCUUCUUGCGCGGCGGGCAAGACGAGGCCGACGAGAUCGAGCCGCUCGUCCACGCACAGGAGUGUCGCGCGUGACAAGUCAGCGUCCCGCGUGAUGAUUGCGUGUGUCGAUGUGUCCAACACUCUCUCCAGUCUACCGUCUGCUCUAGAAGACUUUCCCCCAGCCCCACCACCACCUCCACCCGCCAUGUGUCCAUGUUGCAUGUCCACUGACAUGUUAAUCUCGUCUGA